AUUGUCGUUAGUUGGGUUACAGAAAACUGGCCCUUGGGCUUUUUUUUGAUUUGGAGCCCACAUGGCGGGUCUCUUUGAUGGUCCAAGCUAUGGUGAAGAGAGGGGCCCAUUUCCAAGCCCACCAUGUGUCUGUACUCUGUACUCUGUUGUCGACUUGUCGUUCCUCGCGCUGAUGCGCUUCUUCGUUUUCCAUUGCAUUUGCAUUUCCAAUCUCCCCCAACGGAGAUGGCUCUCUUCUUGGAAGACUCGCUUCUUGGAUCCCAAAUUCAUCAAGAAGUUUAUCUUCCAGAACACCGACCUCUGGAACGAUCCACAGCUUCUAAUCCAGCGCCGCCAGAAAGGCAGGUCAGUUUACUCUCUUCAUUCUCACCGCUCGCUCCGUCUCGUCUCCGGCCCUGCUCAAUUGGAAAAACCAGAAUUGGUUUCCGGCAACUUCGAGGUUCGCUGCGGCUGUAAGGGUCUCUUCUGCCUUGCCGAUGGAGAUGGCAGCGGCUUCUCGAAUAUUGUUCUCUGGAAUCCAGCAACCACGCAGACGAAGCUUCUGCCGGUUUCCAACCUCGAUCAAGCUUUGGAUGGGUAUGCCCGGAUGAGCGAGGUGAUCGGGUUUGGUUUCGACCCGGAAAAGAAUGACUACAAAGUCGUUCGGACUGUGGUUCGCUUUACAGCUGACGAGGACAUAGAGGAAUCUAGUGAGGUCUACAGCCUUAAAAGUGAUUCCUGGAGGACGAUUUACAUAAGGCCUCAUGAUUUUCCGGGCACCAUCCAUUACUCGGUGCCAUCUGAAUCUGAUGAUGGCAGAUUGUUCUACUGGUGGGGACCAUUGUUGCAUUUCAUUUCGUUUGAUAUGAGGAGUGAAGAGUGUGAGGGUAUGAGAUUGGGAUAUCCUGAUGAAUCGAUGAAUGCAGCUUUCUCUGUGCGAUCCGUUUCCUUGGUCAAAGGCUCGACGGUUGUCAUAUUUUCCGAUGGAAGAAUUGAUCGUCAUGAACCCAAUGAGUUGCAGACAUGGGUGAGGUUGGAUUUUGAAGAUAGAAUGACCGGCUGGAUAGAGUUGUCCACCAUUAAGAGUAACAAACUUAACAUGUGCAUGCAUCCAGUGGGAAUAUGGAAGGACAAGAGGUGUUUCCUUCAGAGAUACGAUGAUGGACAGCUCGUGGUCGUCGAUCUUGAAAAAGGAGAAUUCCUUCCCAUUGAACUUCAGAUUCAAGGAGAUUGGGAAUCAUUCAAAAUCUUCCCUUAUACUCCAUGUGAAGUUUCAUUGGAGUAGUUGAUCUUAGAUUCCCUUCUUUGGAAAGAAACCAUGCUUUCAAGCUGCUCUGGCUACAGUAAUUCUGCUCUUGGUAACUCUUGACGUAGCGGACUUGUCAAAGAAACUCUGAUCUCAGUUCAAGUUUCUAGAUCCAAAGUCUUUAGAUUUUCAUUUUGCAUUGUAGUAGUUAGUGUUGUUCUAGUAAGUCUUGUCUGUGGGUUGUUAAGCCUUGUAGUAGUUAGUGUUAUGUUAACAUCAGCCUAAUUGUAGUAGUUAACAUUGUACGUAAUUGUCGACGUUGCUUAGCAGAUGGUUAACACUGUUGUAAUAGCCUGAUGAAAUUGCUGACCUAAUUUGGUUAUCGAAUGCAAAUUGCUGAAGUAUUAUCAUCAAUCUAGCUGUAUGUAUGUUUGGUUGAAUUAGUAGAUGUGAAGCAUUUGUCUGAAAUUAUGUAUGUGCUCUAAGAAAACAGCAGAGAAAUC